ACUCUUGUUUGAUUUUAGGGUGGGGAUGGAGUUGAUGCAGAGUGCAUAGACGAAAAYGAGUUUGUUGAUGCUAUCCUUCAAGUGGUUUUUGAAAAGGCCAAAAGCAGAAAAGUUAUCCUUGCAUCAUUCGAUGCUAACAUUUGUGCCAUGUCUCGGCUUAAGCAAAAUGAGUUCCCAGUGUAUUUCAUCACUCAAGAUAACACCACAUUCUGGACGCCAUACUUGGACAUGCGCACACGACAUGUCGAAACAGCUGUUGCCUUUGCAAAGGCACAGUCCUUGGACGGAGUGCAUUCCUUUGCCAACGAAUUAUUGAACUCGCCAGAAAAGAUUGACAGUGUUUUGGAAGCAGGUCUUGUGUUAAGUGUGUGGGGUUCAGUCAAUGAAAAUCUUGAAACACGACAGUGGCUGCAUGAACGUGGUGUCCAYUGUAUACAAGUCGAUGGCAUCUUUACAGUCGCAAGUCAAAGCCAUCCAAGUUGAUUGUAUAUGAAUUUAAAAGAAUUAAUGAUUACAAUGUAAAUGAAUUUGA